AUGGCUUUGAAGAAUCUGGCAGUUACCUACUGGGAGAGCCAGGAAUAUACAGUGCUCAUGCCAGACACGCCUUUACCAACAACCGCCCCCACUUCAAAUGCUACGGAUACUGCCAUCACCGCAGAUGAUAAUGCUACAUCUAAUACUUUGUCAACUACUACAGCCAACCCAACAACCACUAUCACGACCAUCACCCCCACUUCUAAUGCUACGGUUGCUACCAUCACUGCAACUGAUAAUGCUACAUCUAAUACUUUGUCAACUACUACAACCAACCCAACCACCACUAUCACGACCAUCGCCCCCACUUCUAAUGCUACGCUUGCUACUAUCACUGCAGCUGAUAAUGCUACAUCUAAUACUUCAUCAACUACAACAGCUAAUCCAACCACCACUAUCACGACCAUCGCCCCCACUUCUAAUGCUACGGUUGCUACUAUCACUGCAGCUGAUAAUGCUACAUCUAAUACUUCAUUAACUACAACAGCUAAUCCAACCACCACUAUCACGACCAUCGGCCCUACUUCUAAUGCUACGGUUGCUACCAUCACUGCAACUGAUAAUGCUACAUCUAAUACUUCAUCAACUACAACAGCCAACCCAACCACCACUAUCACGACCAUCGGCCCUACUUCUAAUGCUACGGUUGCUACCAUCACUGCAGCUGAUAAUGCUACAUCUAAUACUUUGUCAACUACUACAACCAACCCAACCACCACUAUCACGACCAUCGCCCCCACUUCUAAUGCUACGGUUGCUACCAUCACUGCAACUGAUAAUGCUACAUCUAAUACUUCAUCAACUACAACAGCCAACCCAACCACCACUAUCACGACCAUCGGCCCUACUUCUAAUGCUACGGUUGCUACCAUCACUGCAACUGAUAAUGCUACAUCUAAUACUUCAUCAACUACAACAGCCAACCCAACCACCACUAUCACGACCAUCGGCCCUACUUCUAAUGCUACGGUUGCUACCAUCACUGCAACUGAUAAUGCUACAUCUAAUACUUUGUCAACUACUACAGCCAACCCAACUAUCAAUUCCACAACCACCAUCCCCAUUUCAAAUGCUACGUGGAAAGAGCACUCUGAGGUCACCAUGUCCUCUGUGGAGGACAUGGUGAAGAAUUGGGAAAAUGCAAUCUCAUCACUGUGGAAGAGGUUGCUGAGGAAGUUAAAUAGGUCCCUGGUGGCAGGGCGGCAGGUGUGA